CACCGCCGGUGGAGGGGCGGCGGCCCCGGCCAUGCAGCUGCCGGGAGGGGAGGAGCGGGGCGGGCGGUGGCGCCCCGGAGGGGGCAGCGCCCGCAGGGAGCGGGGGGAGGUCUGGCGGUGCCGGCAGCCUCCGAGCGGGGCAGGGGCGCGGCGGGGCCGUGCCCGGGGCAGGCAGCCGCGGUCCCAGCCGGGAGGGGCUGCAGCGCGCUCCGAGCGAGCAGGAGCCUCUCCCCGCCGAGCGGCCUCCCGUCCGCCCGCCGGUGCCUGCAGAGCUGCGGCAGCACCGGGGAGUGACUCGGAGAGGGGAGGAGAAGAGGAGGAAAAGAAAUCGGAUUGCCGAAAGGAUUAGGAAGUGGGGUGGGGAACCGAAGCUCUCUCCCUCCCUCCCUCCCCGCACACAUUUGUGAAGCUUUUCAGAGUUAUCCUUCAGCAUCAGUACCGGCCGGCGACCCGGGGGAGCCGCGACAGCGGAAGGUGCUCGGCAAACUGCAAGAGCGAUCAGAGGGAGCGGAGUGGCCCGGCCGGCGGACCCUGCCCGGCCCCUGCCCGCGGGACACCGCACUCCCCGGCUCUGGUGGUUUAUAUAUAUUUUUUUAUAAGAUACAUAUAUUUUUAAGUUUUUACUGCUCCUCUCGGAGGACAGGAUUUGGAGCAUUAAGGGCGGGCGUGCUGCCAGACCGCCUGCCCUGGACGUGCGAGGCGGGGAGAGAGGAAGGGAGAGAUGCCUCUGAUUAGAGGGAAAGUCGUGCUCAUCCUCGGAUUCGUCUUCCUCACAACUUUCCUGGCUGCGGUGAGAGGGCUACCCGUGAGGGGGAAACAGCGCAGCAAUACCCCGAAGGAGAGAAGCUCCAAGCUGGCGGAGGUGUCCGCAUCGUCCAGCCCGCGUUCAGCAGGGGACGAGGAGCUGCCGCCGUCGGGCAGGCCGCGGGCGCUGAGGCGGAGCGGGCAGGCCGGCCCGCGGCGGCACCGGCGCAGGGGGCUGGCUCAGCAGGCCGCCAGGAGCCCGGCGCUGCCCCAGCCCAGUGCUGCUGGCCAGGAGGAGAGCCUGCCCUUCAUGCUGGACCUGCAGAACUUGCCGGGGCUGGCCAAUGUGGACCUGAGUGCCCAGAACCCCAACAUCCAGGUGACCAUUGAAGUGGUGGAUGAUCCUCAGGCUGAGAUGGAGAUGGACUUGUUGAAGGAGACAAGCAAUGACUGGUCUCUGACAUCCUCUGAGUGGUUGUCCCACAAGGACCUAUUCUGGCCCCUCUUCUGGGAAUACACUGACCCUGCUGAGGGGGAGGAGGAGGAGGAAGAUGAAGAGGAGGAGGAAGAGGAGGAAGAGGAUGACAACCUGGAUGUUGGGGACAGGGAGGAAGAAGAAGAGGAUGAUGAUGAAGAGGAAGAUUACACAACAGAUUAUGAGGAGGAGGAGUCCAUGCUUAGUGGAGUAGGUGGUAACUGGGACCAGCGAUGGCCUGGGCAGAAAAACUGGAUCUUUAAGGAAAAAUAUAAUUACGACUAUGAAGAUGAGGAGGAGUGGAGCCCAUGGUCCCCUUGCAGCAUCACCUGUGGCAGUGGCAACCAGAAGAGGACCCGAUCCUGUGGCUAUGCCUGCACAGCAACAGAGUCGAGGACCUGCGAUCUCACACACUGCCCUGGAGCAGAAGGAGAGAUGGUCUUCCCCACAGAGGAGACACCUUUCAAAAGCGACAACACCACAGAGCUGUUCAACUCAGAGGUGGACAGCUGUGAGAAGUGGCUGAACUGCAAGAGCGACUUCCUCACCAAGUACCUGAGCAAGGUGCUGACAGACCUGCCCAGCUGCCCCUGCUCCUACCCCCUGGAGGCCGUCUACAGUGCCGUCAACCUGCGCGACGAGCAGCGGGGCAAGAGCUUCCGAUGGCGGGAUGCCAGCGGCCCCAAGGAGCGCCUGGACAUCUACAAGCCCACGGCACGCUUCUGUCUGCGCUCCAUGCUGUCCCUGGACAGCACCACCCUGGCUGCCCAGCACUGCUGCUACGACGAGCACACCCGCCUCAUCACCCGCGGCAAGGGGGCCGGUGUCCCCAACCUCAUCAGCACCGAGUUCUCUCCGGAGCUGCACUACAAGGUGGACAUGCUGCCCUGGAUCCUUUGCAAGGGUGACUGGAGCCGCUAUCACGCCGUCCGGCCCCCCAACAAUGGGCAACGGUGUGCCGACAACCCCGCCGAGGAGGAGUACCUGUCCCAGCUGCAGGAGGCCAAGGAGUACUAGCCACAGCCACUCUCCAAGGUGCCACCGCCACCACUGGCUUGCGUCCCUGCGCAGCCUGGCCAGCCCUGACCCUGCUCAUGGGCUCCUCAGCGGUGCCAGGCAAAACGGGGAGGAUGCGCCGUCUGUCCCAUCCCCUCGGAGGAGUGUCUCCUCCGAUUUCUGAGGGUACUGGAGGUUAUUGUGGUGCACUCCCUGCCCUGCCACCCAGGGCAGUCCUGCAGUCCAGAGCUCCUGGCCUGGCAUGUGGAAAGCAGCAGGGGCUGGGAGAUAUAAGGGGAACAAGGGCUGCUCCUUUCUGCUUUUAUUCUCUAUGACCUUUCAGUGCAGCCUGAAAGCUGAGCACAGGGUGAAUGAAGUGGGCUCAGCUCCUGCUGGCUUCACACCACAUCUGAGGAGCUGCCACGGGCAUUGCUGCCUGCCCUUGUCUGUACACCUGCCCUGGCACAAGCUGGUUUAUGUCUGAAGCUGGGGGUAGGUCUUCCUGGAGAGUGCAGGGCCGUUCCAGCCACGCAUACAGAGCAGGGCCCCCCAUCCCUGGGUUUGUGCAUGCACGGUUGGGAAGGAGCAGGGAAAGGUUGAUGGGUCUGUGGGUCUGGGGGAGUGGGCUGUGGGGCAGGAGGAGACAGGCUGCCUGGGCUUCCUCGGCAAGACUGCCUAGCCACCAGGGUUUUGGCUGCCAAAGCUACAUGUAGGUGGUCCUCAGAGGGGGUCAGCAUGGGGACACAUCAUCUGUGUGCAUUUCAGCUCCUGUGCCAUGUUGCUUGGGGGAACAGGAUGGUAGCAUCUCUGCAAGUCACAGCACUAACCCUCUACCAGACCUUGGCUCCUUGGCAGUCCCCAGAGGGUCUCAAGAGCACCUGGGACACAGCCCAAAAGAAAGUCCUGUGUUUCCCACUCACAGCCCUGCCAGGGGCAGGAGGCAUCUUGGCCACUGCUCAUGCCAUUGCUGAUGAGGAGCAAAAAGACUGAGCCAAGCUAGCCCUGCUCCAUGCUGAGUCUGCCCAUGUCCCCAGCUGCUCCAUUCUGUGUCUGCCCAGGUCCCCACCUGGAGGCAACCCAGACAAACCAAGCCAUGGAUCCCUCAGGCUCACUUCCACUCCAGGCUCACAAGUGUGGCUCCAGAGGAGGAAGACACACGUGCUAAUAAUGUCAAUACCUGGUGUCCACAGAUCAGGGAUCAUGAUGUUCUCUGUUGGCACUUUGAUAUUGCCUGGGUUUUAUUCAGCUUUUCACAGGUCCAUGGCAGUGUCUCCCAGCAUAUUUUGGAAGCUUUUCUGCAGAGAAACUAGGCUGAGCACCUUUGUCCCAGGACAUGCAGUUGCUAAACUGGCAGAAAAUUUAAUAGGUUUUAUUUAAGAAAUUUUAUACAUCAGGGGAAAUAAAAAUCAAGCACACAUCAAGAAGAAUGGAGUCAUUUCUACUCUAGAGGUUUCAUGCAAGGCUGCUAGCUACUCCAUGUACUUCUGCAGGGCACUGUUGAACCAAAUAACUGGUUGCAGAGGUCCUUAGUUGACCAUCCUGUACUGUCUGUCCUUUUUGCAGGAGCUUUCUCCAGCCUCAGUGAAUAUUCUUGGUCUGAAAGCUCUUUGGGGAGUCUUUCAGGGGGGGUCUUUGUAUGCAUCCUUGAUCAUCCAUACCUAAGACUUCAUAGCUGGUAAAACAAAAGUAUUAAUGAAGUUAUUGCUGAAUUAUUCUUCCUCAACUAUUAUUACACCCUUGUAUCCCUAGACUCUGGAUAUGGGUUCUAUCAAAAUACAGGCAGACAUGCAGUCUGAGAUGACCAGUGUUCUGUAAAUGGUGAGAAGGAAGAGAACCAAGUAAGCAUGGAUGGAGACCUAGACCCUGGAACAUUUUCAUGAUCACUGCAUGUUCUCUGGCCCAGAUGGUCAUUCACUUGCUAGUUGCUGGCAAAGAGGUAGGUCAUACAGAGGUGGUCAAGAGAGGGUGACAGUGAUCUGAUGGCUUGGUUCUGGGGGCCAGGGAGCCUCAGCAAGAGACAUGGAUGCAAAUGAAGCUGUGAGUGUCUGAAGCCAUGGAAGGAUGAGCUUGUGAACUGCAGUCAUUCCACAGAGCAUAUUUCCACUCGCAUACUAUAUGCCGUCAUUACCUUCAUCAAACUGUCAGUGGAGUUUAUUUACCAUCAGUGCAGACUUCUUUAAAGAACCUCCUGUUGAGCAUGCCUAGUGCUCAGUAUUGGACCCAAGCAUGGAAGCAGGACUUCUACAAACAGUCUUUCUUGAAGAAGACUUGCAAAAGCUCAGCCAAUUUGUUUGUUAGACUGGCUGCUCUCUAAGUGCUCUUACAGUCAGAGUGUUACCCAGGACUUUCACCCUCCUCUUUUCUCUGGCUAUGUCAACCUGUCUAACCCCCAGAAAAAAAACUUGUAGUUUCUGUAAGAACUGGAGUUCCAUCCAAGGGCAAGUAAAAACAUUUCUUGCAUUGAUACUCCCCCAUUCCCUGACAUCCCCACACAAGCUAGUUGAGAGCCAAGUAGUUGUUCUGCUUUGCUGCCUCUGUGGUUUGGACAAUACAGGCACAAACUGGAGCAUGAGAAACAAGCACUGUUGUUCCUCAAACAAGCACCUUACACACCAUGAGGCUUUGCAGAGCACAGUGAGAAAAGUAGACAUUAAGCAAGUGUUUAUUUUUAUAUCCCGUCAAAGAUUCUGUCCAACCCACUGCUAUUUAAGUGAUGAAUCUCUAAGCUUUCACUCCUUAAGUUUAUUGGUUUUUUAUAUAUAUAAUAUAUAUAUAAAAUGUCUUUUAUUCCUACAAAAUUUCACAGAGAAGAGUUCUUUAAUCUGAUGCUGCAAUAAAGCACUUUAUGUAUGUAUAUGUCAUGCUGAUGUCAUUCAGUUGUGACUGAAGCAUGUGUUGCUAUUUAUUUUGGUUGAGAGGGAUGAUCCUAUGUUUAACACUGUAUGUCUUGGGUUCCCAGCCCCACCUGGGGCCCUGGUGGCUUCCUUUAACAUUUGCAUUUGAAGUUGUCUGGAUGCAAAAGUCACAGGUAAGAAAGACUGUCUGGAGCCCAUGGGAUAUGUGAAGUUCUGCUUACAGGGGAGGAAGCCUCCUACACCUUCAGGGCCAGUGCUGAGAAGCAAAGGCAUUGCCUGUGCCCCAGCCCUGACCUUGGGUUUUAUUCCAUGCUCAGCCUGGUCAGAGCUGAGUACUGGCUGAUGGUCCAGCACACCACAGCAGGAAGAAAAACCCCAGCAUCAUCCCAGCUAAAAAACUGGCUUAGCAAACCACCUCCAGAGCCACCAGCUAAUUAUAGCGGGCGGGUUUGCAAAGCUUUCCAGGGAUCACAACUUUUUGUUGUUGUUAAUCUAGUGUGUAAAUCAUAAACACUUCCAGGUUCUUGCUAUUUCCAGCUGUUUCUGCUCCUCUCUUACUCCUUUUGCUUUGCUCUGGCUGCACAUCUGUCAAGGGUUUAUCUGCUACUCUAGCAUGGGACUGCUUCACAGCUGCCUGGCACCACUGCUGGCCCCUACCUGGGGGAGCAGGUGACUCCUCUCAGUGGAGGAUGCUAGGGGCUUCCUACUGGCCUUCUGCAACAUCAAAAACAUUGUUGCAUGGAGCCCAAGCCAGGAGGAGCAGGCUGAGCUCCACUCUGCUCAGAGAAAAUCAUUCUUUCUCUAGAGGAGCAGUCAGCAGUUACUGCUAUGUGUAUAACGUGCCUAAUGUGCUUUUAUCCUCUGCAGCAAGGUCCUUGCUGUGUUGGAUGAUGGACCCUGCUGUGAAACUCCUGGGAUAUAGAAAUCCCACAGCCAGAGGUUGGAAGCAGGAAGAAUUCCUGCCCUAAUUCUGCAGGUGCUGGAGACCUGGAGAUGUCACCUGAGCUCAUACAAUGAGUCUGUGACAGUCUUAAACUGCACUUUUGCCUGAUGCUUUGAGCACAAAACUUCCUGACUGGUUGCUGUUGAGUUGUUUCAGUCUGCCAGCCUGGAGUGGAGCUGAGCUGGACCAGUCCCCUGGCAUCCAGCCUGUAGUGGUGUUUGUCUGCACACAGAAGGAGCCUUGCCCAGAUUUUGCUGGGACACAGCUGGGGUGAGUAAAGCCCAUCUCUCAGGGAUGAACAUGAGAUUUUGUAGGAACAUAUUUACAGCAACAGAAAUCCCAUUACCUGAAUUUUUUUUCAGGGCUCCACCUCCAAGAAUCUGCUUCUUAGAAAGCACACAAAAAGCCCAGCUGGGCCCAGAAGGGGCCUCUGGAAGGAGAAGAGAGAGUGAUAAUGCCAGGAGAGUUUAGCCAAAGCCUGUGCAUCAGGCCUGAACUGCAAUGCCUGGUAUUAACCUAGGAAAUAGCAAGAUGUGGUUGUGGUCUGUGGAUCUUGAGUUAAAACUGUAGUUCUAGAGAAGAAACAAACCUUUCAGACACCCCUGUUCUGGCCUAAGAAGGGACACACCUCACUGUGUGGCUGCGUUGGUCUUCUGUGCUGGUGGCACACCUCUGGAGCAGAAGACUAGGAAAAAAACAAACCCCAGCACACUGAAGGUUUUCAGCUGUAGUCCUGCUCAUCUCACUUUUUCACUUGGUCAAGAUAAUUUUUGAUUCUAGAAUUAUCUCCUAAACUUGUCUUUUACAGCACCAGUGGUAAUGUUUUGUUUUGUUGGUUUUUUUGGUUUUUUUACUCUUAAGUUACCAAAUAUAUUAUCUUCUAUACCGAAAUGUACUGGAUUCGUUACAGGUUUAUUAGGCCUUCCCUUAUGUACUAAUAAAACUAUUAUAUAGAGCAUUGCCUACAGUCUUAACA